UUUAGUUGGCAAAUAAUUUGUCAUCUUGCAAACCAUGUGUGUAACGUAAUUACUCAUCAAGGAUAGUCUUUUAUAUAUUAACACAAUCUUAACGAGUCGACUCUGGUCGUUACGUAUAAGUUACAUUGAUAAAAACUAACUACUCUAUUUAAACGGGAACCGUCGAUCUUUGGGUUAGUUUAGUGUUAUUUUCGGGAUAAAAGGAAAACAAACCGAAAAUGCGCGUCUUAGGCGAAAUCGAAACCGAUCGCGUAAAUAUCAUCGAUCCAUCGGAAUUAAUGAGGCCGGAACCGAAAUUCGCGGCCAAGCCUGUCGGACAAUUCAGAGAUUAUACCGUGGACGAAAAUGAUCCCAUCAAAGAGAGGGUCAGAAGGACCUACGAAUUAAUGCACACCAAUCAAACCGUCGAUUUCGUCAGAGCUAAAAUGGAACAAUGGCUGAAAUUCGACCAUCUAAAAGCGACAAUGAAAGAGGCCCUCAUUAAACUGAACGACCUCGUCGACGAGAGCGAUCCAGACGUCGAUAUACCCAAUAUCGUGCACGCUUUCCAAACGGCCGAAAGAAUCAGAAAGGACUACCCCGACGAUGACUGGUUCCAGCUCACGGGGCUCAUACACGACGCCGGCAAAGUGAUGGCCUUCUUCGACGAGCCCCAAUGGUCCAUUGUCGGCGACACCUUCGUCGUCGGCUGCGAGUGGAGCAAAAAUAUCGUCUACAGGAGCACGUCGUUCAAGAACAACAUCGACGGUGAUAACCCUAAAUACAACACGAAAUACGGGAUGUACGAACCUAACUGCGGAAUUAAGAACUUGCUGAUGUCUUGGGGCCACGACGAAUAUUUAUACAGGGUGUUACUGCACAACAAGACCACCUUGCCCCCUCAGGCGCUCGCGAUGAUAAGGUACCACAGUUUCUAUCCAUGGCACUCUUCUGGCGACUACAGCCAUUUAAACGCGCCCGAAGAUGAGGAAACUAAGAAAUGGGUGCUCAAAUUUAAUCAAUACGAUCUUUACACCAAGAGCACCGAAGUACCUGAUAUCGAAGCAUUGUGGCCGUACUAUGAGAAACUUAUCAACAAAUAUAUUCCUGGGGUACUCGAAUGGUGAAAAUCUUCAUUCAAUUUUCGUUUUUAAAAAAAUAUGUUAAAAUUUCAUUAAUAAAUGAUUAUUAAUUAUUUUUCGAACUUAAUAAUACUAUAAAAAUAAAAUUAUAUUUUUUUAUGUGAAUAGUAAACAUUCUUCUGUCCACUUA